AUGAUUUUUGUGAUUUGGGUUUGCUUUGUUUUUGCGUCUUGUGUGUCUGCGUUUUGUGUUUUGUGUGAUUUUUGCGUUUUGCGUUUCGAUCCCAAGAAAUGUGUGAACUCAACGUGUCAAACUCGGCACCCAGAGGACUCAGUCGAUAACCAUCUCGUCGAUCUGGAGAUGAGGCUCCAAAUCGUAUCUAAAGAGAUCUCUGCCUCGCUAGAGGAGCAGAGCUCCGCUGCCCUACUUCGCGUGCCACGGGCCACCCACGAUGUGAUCCGACUCCGCGACGAUGCGGUUUCACUACGCUCCGUCGUCGCCGGAAUCCUUCAGAAACUCAAGAAGGCUGAAGGAUCAUCAGCUGAAUCUAUAGCUGCUCUGGCCAAAGUUGAUACUGUUAAGCAGAGAAUGGAAGCUGCUUAUGAGACAUUACAGGAUGCUGCUGGGUUAACUCAAUUAAGUUCAACUGUGGAAGAUGUUUUUGCCAGUGGUGAUCUUCCAAGGGCUGCAGAAACCUUAGCCAACAUGAGGCAUUGCUUGUCUGCUGUUGGGGAGGUUGCUGAAUUUGCUAAUGUGAGAAAGCAACUCGAGGUCCUAGAGGAUAGGCUAGAUGCAAUGGUGCAGCCACGUUUAACAGAUGCAUUAUCCAGCCGGAAGAUAGACAUUGCUCAAAAUUUGCGGGGUAUUCUCAUUCGAAUUGGAAGAUUCAAAUCACUGGAGCUACAUUACACAAAAGUUCACCUAAAGCCCAUAAAACAGCUCUGGGAAGAUUUCGAUUCAAAACAGCGUGCUAUUAAGCUUGCAAAUGAGAAGACUGAAGCUGAAAGGCUGUCAAGCCAUGAGUUUCAAUCAAGCUCUUCGACAAUUUCAUUCGCAAGUUGGUUGCCAAGCUUCUAUGAUGAGUUGAUUCUUUAUCUUGAGCAAGAGUGGAAGUGGUGUAUGGUUGCUUUUCCUGAGGAUUAUAAAACUCUUGUACCAAAGCUACUGAUCGAGACAAUGGCAACUAUUGGAGCAAGCUUUAUUUCACGUAUCAACCUUUCAAUUGGAGAAGUUGUUCCUAAAACAAGAGCUUUGGGAAAAGGUUUAUUAGAUAUUAUGUCUGGUGACAUGCCAAAGGGAAUUAAGAUUCAGAGGAAACAUUUGGAGGCAUUGAUUGAGUUACACAACGUGACACAGACUUUUGCUAGAAAUAUUCAGCAUUCCUUUUCAGAUUCUGAUCUUCGAGUUCUAAUGGAUACACUGAAGGCAGUGUACUCUCCCUUUGAAUCAUUUAAACAAAGGUAAGCAAUCAUAAACUUUUUUGCACUUCCACAUUCUUCUAAAAUAUCUAGGUUUUUUUUUUUGAAAACUUUUUUCUGUUAUUUUUUCUUCGUUAUAUACUAGAUUCUGUAAAUGCUAUGUUCAUUUUUUGAUUAAUGAUUGAAUAUGG